CCAAUCUGAUCUUCGAAGAUCCUCCACCGACUCCAAGGAACUGUUAGAAACGGGUUUCACACCGGCAACAGACGGGACUCAAAGCCUGAGUGGACAAUAUGUGAAGGAAACGGCCCCCGCGAUCAAGUUUCAGGUGUCGAAACGACCUCAGAAAAGCACCCUGAUACUGGUCGCGUUCGUUAAACGGCCAAGCAACCCCUUGGCACCACUAGAACGUCGAUGUACAAUGCAGAAACGUCUCGUUCCGAGGUGAUAUGGACGCGGAGGAGAUGGACGAAGAGUUGCCGGAGGCAAUCAAUCUCGAGGUUAACCAUAAUAACAACCUCGAGAGUUUCCAAGCAAUGAAGAUCUCAACGACACCACGAUGCUCCAAGACCCCGGAGAUAGAGGAAAGCGCCCUUGUGGGAUCGGCGAUCCUCCCUCAAGCAGACGAAGAAGAUGGGGAUUCGGAAAUUCGCGAAAGCGUUGUGCCUGUUAAAUCAAAUCGAUCAAAGGAAAUCAUAAAUGCAAAUGUUAAGACUGAUUUCAAGGAACCCGAAGUUGCUAGAUUGUGUCGCAGUAAACGCGUUUCCUGCCAAGAUACGAUUCCCGAAUCUGACGAAGAUAGUCGGGAUAAUGAACUGACCAUGGAAAGAGUCGGGAGGUAUCUGGAGGCGAACCAAAGUGCGGUGGAAAAAUGGCUGUUGGAAAAGGCAAGUCCAGAACUCCGGCAUCGAGUGCAAAAUCCUCUCCUGGUUGCCAACCCAUCGGGGCCGAAUGUUCAUCAAGAAGAAAGCUUGUUGAGCCGGUGCAAAAGAAACAGCGUAACGUCAGACCUCUUCCAGUCCUGGCUAACUUCUAGUUCGCCGAUCAAAAGGAGCAAAAGUCCAAGCAGAAUGGCUACGACGCUGGUUGGCCGGCGAGAGGAACUGAAUCAACUAGACGAGGGGGACUUGUUCAUGGAAUUGAUCCGUGACGUUGCCAAUGAGUUGGACAUCAAUAUCCUCUGUCAUAAGAUCUUGGUAAACGUUGGACUCUUGACGCACGCAGACAGGGGCAGCUUGUUUCUGGCGAAAGGUCCUUUGGAGGACCGUUAUCUCGUGGCAAAGCUCUUCGAUGUCACCCAGGAUACUGAGCUCGAGGAGGCCGUGCAGAGGGCAAAACGGGAAGAGAUCAGAAUCCCGUUUGGAGUUGGAAUUGCCGGUUUUGUGGCGCAGAGCAAGCAGAUCAUAAAUAUCAAAGACGCGUAUAAGGACCCGAGGUUCAACAGCUCGAUCGAUAUGAGAACGGGCUACAAAACCACCUUGAUACUGUCAAUGCCGAUCUGUAACUACGAGGGAGACGUCAUCGGCGUUGCACAAAUCAUCAACAAAACAAAUGGAAGCAACGAAUUCACUCGAAGAGACGUUGAGGUUUUUCAGAGGUACCUCACAUUCUGUGGCAUCGGGAUUCAAAACGCACAACUGUUCGAACUGUCUGUUCAGGAGUACAGACGGAAUCAAAUACUGUUGAACCUAGCAAGAAGCAUAUUCGAAGAACAGAACAACUUGGAAUGUUUGGUGACGAAAAUUAUGACCGAGGCAAAGGAGCUUCUCAAGUGCGAGAGAUGCGCAGUCUAUCUACUUGAUUUGGACUGUGGCGAGGCGAGUCAUUUGGAAAAGAUUGUUGAACGACCAGGAAGACAGAUGCAAGAAUCAAGAAAACCUUUAUCCAGAAGAGAGAGCAACAACAUCGACAUGGAGGAUAUAUUCCAGCAGCACCACGCGACAAACGGAAAGAGCAAGUUCACGAUGGUUUUCGAGAUGGAGAACGACACCCAACAGGCAAGAGUUUAUCGACCAAAUUCGAACGACUUGUCGAGUACACUUGGUCAAAUAGCGAGGUACGUCGCGAAUACCGGUCAAAUUUUGAACAUCGGAGACGUUGCAACGUGGUUGAAGCGAGAAGUCGUGGACGCCGGAAGUGAACCGAUCCGCAGUAUCCUCUGCAUGCCUAUAGUGAACGGACAACGAGCCGUCAUUGGAGUGGCGCAACUGAUCAACAAGGACAAUGGAAGUUCCUUCACCGAUUCCGACGUGUCAAUUUUCGAAGCUUUCGCCAUCUUCUGUGGCUUGGGUAUCCAUAAUACGCAGAUGUACGAGUCUGCUUGCAAACUGAUGGCGAAGCAAAAGGUGGCUUUGGAGUGCCUGAGCUACCAUGCAACCGCCAGCAACGAGGAUACGGUUAAACUGAAAUCCGACACGAUACCAUCGGCCGAAAAGUACAAUCUGUACAGUUUUACGUUCAUAGAUUUCGACCUCACCGACGAAGAUACUUGUCGAGCGACGGUGAGGAUGUUCAAACAGUGCAAUUUGAUCCAGCAAUUUAACAUCCCUUACGAAGUACUUUGCCGAUGGAUAUUGAGUGUGAAGAAAAAUUAUCGCCCGGUAAAAUACCACAACUGGAGACACGCGUUGAACGUUGCACAGACGAUGUUCGCCAUGUUGAAAACCGGUAAAAUGGAACGUUUCAUGACCGACAUCGAGAUCCUGGGACUACUGGUUGCCUGUCUAUGUCACGACCUCGAUCAUCGGGGUACGAACAACGCUUUUCAAAUGAAAACCGAAUCGCCUCUAGCGAUUUUGUACUCGACAAGCACGAUGGAACAUCACCACUUCGAUCAGUGCGUUAUGAUACUGAAUUCGGACAGUAACAACAUAUUUCAAAGCUUAUCGAUGGAGGAUUACAGAACCGUGAUGAGGAUAGUAGAGAACGCGAUUCUGUCCACGGAUUUGGCGAUGUACUUUAAAAAGAAGAAUCGAUUUUUGGAGCUCAUCGAGGAAGGCGAAUUCGACUGGCAGAGCGAGGAGAAGAAGGAACUUCUCUGCGGGAUGAUGAUGACGGCCUGUGACGUGAGCGCGAUAGCAAAACCUUGGGAAGUGCAACAUCGCGUGGCUAAAUUAGUAGCAGACGAAUUUUUCGACCAGGGUGAUUUGGAGAGGUUGCAGCUGAAGGAACAGCCAGUGGCAAUGAUGGAUCGCGAAAGACGAGACGAACUGCCGCAAAUGCAAGUCGGGUUUAUCGACGUGAUAUGUUUACCACUCUACAAGGUUUUGUCGGAGACUUUUCCCUGGAUUCAACCACUCUACGAGGGCACCAUGGAGAAUCGAAGGCACUGGCAGGACUUGGCAGAGAAGGUUGAGAUGGGUUUGACCUGGAUAGACCGAGACACGAUAGAGGAACCAGUCGAGGAGUUCGUGUCCUCGGAGCCAAAGGACAUCGAGUUCACCGUAACGACGUUGAACUGUGCCCACACAGACAAGAAAGAAGUACCCGAAGGAGCGCAGGAGUCUCAGACCGCAAAAUCUUCCUUAGGAAGAUUUGCGUCACUUCGUAAGGGUGGCAGGACGCUGAGCAAAGGCGUUAGACACAGACUGAGCAGAUCUCUAUACGCGAGAAGCAGCUCCGAGGAUGCUGGGAAGGCGAAAGUCCUGAUUCCGGAAAGGAAGAACCGCAGUAAGCUCUGCUUGCUCAUUUGACGUCUCACCUCUGGCACUCUUGAGAGUAUACCGGAAUAAAAGAGUAUCGAUAAAGUAUUUCCGCUGAUUUUUGAUAUACUUGUUAAAAUUGUCGAAGAACGUGAGAGUGCGAGGGGGUAGGGGGAGGGGGAGGGGGAGGGGGAAGAGAGAGAAAUUAUCUAAGACAUUUGGAAUUCGAUGACUGUUGUGAUAUCAAACUUUGAGGUUUUUACAUUUCCUACACUCUAUUUUACUACUUGGACAAGAGAGGCGCGAUAUGCAAUGCACGGACAAUUUAGGACCAUGCAGGUGGUAAGAUGCGCGAUAGAUCAUAAGGAUAUAAUCAUCUUCCAUUAUUCUUAAAGUUGAACUUAAAAAUUUUAAUAUCAAUUUCAACCAGUUCAAUUACGGAACGGGUGAUAUGUUGUGACAAUUUACGAAUGAGUCUGAGUGUGAAUGUGCGUGUGCGUGUGUGUGUCUGUGUGUACAGUUAUACGUGUCGAAACAUUACCCGAAGUAUUUACAACCUCGGUUCAACAAUUUUCACUUUACACUGCGUCAAAAUUAGUGCUAUCUGCGAUUAAUCGAUUUAUCGUCAGCUUCGAUUAAUCGGAAAGACGAUUAAUCGA